GGCUCCCACGUGAGUGACGCCUGCAGCAGAGCCGUAAAGCGAGCUCAUUCCAAGAUGGCGGCGGCCAUGGCUGCGUCUAUGUGGGGGACGUUACUCCGGAUCCAGAGGGGGUUAACCGCCUCUGGCAGCUUCCUAUCCCAGAGCUCGAUCCACACAAGCGCAGCGCUGGAGAGGAGUCGGAACUGGGAGAUGAAGAAUAACGUAUUAUAUCCUCCUCAAGAGCCCGGAGAGCCGCGCAGGUCAGCGGAGGUCUACCAUUGUCGGAAGCAAAUCAAAUAUAGCCCGGACAAGAUGUGGUAUCUAGCCAAACUGGUACGUGGAAUGUCUAUAGACCAAGCUAUCGCUCAGCUGGAGUUCAGCGACAAGAAAGGAGCCAAGAUCAUGAAAGAGGUCCUGCUAGAAGCGCAGGAAUUAGCGGUGCGGAAUUACAACGUAGAAUAUCAAUCCAACCUGUAUAUAGCGGAAUCCUUUUCAAACAAAGGCAAGUACCUUAAGAGGAUUCGUUACCACGGCCGUGGCAUGUUCGGCAUUAUGGACAAGGUAUACUGCCAUUACUAUGUCAAGUUGGUAGAAGGACCUCCUCCACCGCAGGAAAAGCCGGUGACGGGCUUUGAGCAGGCGCAGGAGUACGUACAACAACUUCGAAACCGCACGAUAAUUCACAGCCUGUGAGCUCGCCCUCCUCUACACACCAAGGGAUUUCUGACCAAGUUAUGGCCCUUUGCUAAAGACUGAUUUCUGGGGUAUUGGGGUACAACAACCCCAUAUCCAAAUUUUUUCUAUUAAUAAAUCACUGGAUAACAAUCUCUAUCAAAAAA